AUGUCUGACAGUGCAGCUGUCGCCGCUGCAGUAAUUCCCGACGAGCGACAGCCGUUGCUCGUCGACGAUGACUACGAUGCUGAGGAGAACUCGGUUGCUGAUGUUCCUCCAGAGAGGAAACGCUCGUGGUGGACCAUCGCCUGGUAUAUCGUGCUGACGAUUCUUGUUGUUGCCACGCUCGCUAUCUUCAUCAAAGGCUUUAUUGAUGCCCACGACGUCGAGUUCGACCUCGGGAAGGCUCUGAAGAGUGCAUUGGGUGGAGGUUUGAGCGGGGCUGCAGCAAUGGUGCUGCAGGUGCUUACGUUGAUGCCGUUGCGUACUGUGAUGAACUACCAGUACCGCUACGGCACGACCACCUCGCAGGCAGUGAAGACGCUGUAUGCCGACGGUGGAUGGACGCGCUACUACCAAGGCCUUCUUGCUGCUCUUAUACAGGGGCCGGUCUCGCGUUUUGGCGACACCGCGGCGAAUGCAGGCAUCCUGGCGCUGCUUCAGUCCAACUCGUUCAUGAAGCGCCUGCCUGCUCUUGUCAAGACAGUCUUCGCGUCGCUCGCGGCGGCCUGUUUUAGGAUGAUUCUUACUCCAGUAGAUACUGUGAAGACCAUCAUGCAGACUGAGGGCAAAGCAGGCUUACCGAUACUCCGGUCAAGGAUAAAGACAUAUGGAAUUGGCACAAUCUGGUACGGUGCAUUUGCCACUGCAGCUGCAACCUUUGUUGGCCAUUACCCGUGGUUUGGUACCUACAAUUACCUCGAUGCAAAUCUUCCUCAGCCGACCACAGUGCUGGAGAAGCUGGCUCGCCAGGCAUUGAUUGGUUUUGUCGCCUCCGUCAUCUCCGAUACCGUUUCGAACUCCCUGCGUGUCGUCAAGACUUAUCGCCAAGUACACGAGGCGCGUGUUGGAUACUGGGAAGCUGCACAGGCUGUCAUAGCUAUGGACGGUCUGCUCGGCCUGUUUGGACGUGGACUCAAGACCAGAAUUCUCGCGAACGGCCUGCAGGGUCUCAUGUUCUCUAUCCUAUGGAAAUUAUUCUUGGAUCUAUGGAAUGACAAGACAAAAUAG